CCCAAGGCAUAAAAGGAGCGCUGCACACAGAGCCCGGCGCUCCUUUCUGUUCAGCGGUCCAGCUCAGCCCAACCAGACACCAUGACCUUUGACGGCACCUGGAAGAUCGACCGCAAUGAAAACUAUGAGAAAUUCAUGGAACAAAUGGGAAUUAACCUGGUGAAGAGGAAGCUGGCUGCACACGACAACCUGAAGAUCAUCAUCCAGCAGACUGGAGACACGUUUCAUGUCAAGGAGAGCAGCAAUUUCCGAAACAUCGACAUCGACUUCACCCUGGGCGUCACAUUCAGCUACAGCCUCGCAGACGGGACUGAGCUCAUCGGUUCAUGGACGAUGGAGGGCGAUGUGUUCAAGGGAGUUUUCAACAGAAAGGACAACGGAAAGCAGCUCACAACAACCAGGGUGAUCCAAGGAGACGAGCUCAUUCAGAGCUACAACUACGACGGCAUAGACGCUAAAAGGAUUUUCAAGCGAGCUUGAACCUGUCCGUGGAUGAUGUUUGGUUUCUGGAUUACUUUCAGUUUUGUUGAGUUUUCAUGUAGUAAAACUACAAAAAGUACCCCACGUGUAAUGUAUUUUUAUACUUGCAUUAAUAAACAAUAGCUGUCUGGUU